GCCUGUGUUGCAGUUUGCAAACCUGGUUGGUCUCCCAACAUCAAGAAGCUGGAUUGCUAUGCAGAGAAGUUGACUCCCAGCACCUUCGCCUGUGAGCCGGAUCCCUGCCCGAUUCCGUUCGCCAAGAACCAGGAGGGCUCUGGUUGCUUGGGCGUUCCAGGCCGUGUGGACGGUACCGUGAUCGAGUCCGGUGAGACCUGCCGAACUGAGUGCAAGGAGGGCUACCAUGCUUCCGUUGAGAGGAUGAGCUGUAUGACUGGCUCUCUUACACCACCUUCUUGGAGUUGCAUCGAGGACAGAUGCCCUGCAGAGGGCGGCGUCGCCAACGCCGGAGCCAGAAUCUGUGAAGAAGGGAACUCCAUCGAGUCGGGAAAGCUUUGCACUACCAAAU